AUGAGGUCACUCGGUGUGUGUGUUGUGGUAACCCUGGCUGCUGCCGUCGGCUGCGUGCCGCUAUCAGACGUCACUGUGGAGGAUGAAGGAUUUGCAGAGAGCUACCUGAAGAAAUUCUUCAACCUGACAGAGGAGAGGAGUCCAGUGGGUCGACGGGGGAUCAGCCCCGUGACCAGGAAGCUGAGUGACAUGCAGAGAUUCUUUGGCCUCCACAUCACGGGGACUCUGGAUGCCGACACCCUGACGCUGAUGAAGAAGCCCCGCUGUGGCGUUCCAGACGGAAAGAUGGCCCGUUUCUCCACCUUUGGAGGCGACCUCAAGUGGGACAAAAACAGGCUCACGUACAGGAUCGUGAACUACACACCUGACAUGUCUGCAGCAGAGGUGGACGACUCCAUGGACAGAGCUCUGCAGGUUUGGGCCAGAGUUACUCCUCUGAGGUUCUCAAGAAUCUACAGUGGUACCGCUGACAUCAUGAUCUCCUUCGGUCGCCGGGCACAUGGGGAUUACUACCCCUUUGAUGGACCCGAUGGCACUCUUGCCCAUGCCUUCGCCCCGGCUUCCGGCAUCGGAGGAGAUGCCCAUUUUGACGACGAUGAACCCUUCACAUUUCGCUCAAACUCAGGCUACGUCCUCUUCAUGGUUGCUGCUCAUGAGUUCGGUCACUCUCUGGGCUUGUCUCACUCUGAUGAUCCUGGUGCCCUCAUGUAUCCUGUGUACUCGUACAGAAACCCCGACACCUUCGUGCUGCCACGAGAUGAUAUCAACGGCAUCCAGUCCCUCUAUGGUCCAAACCCUGACGUAGAUCCGCGUGAGCCUAGACCUACAGCCCCCACCACCCCUGACGCCUGCGACUCAACCAUGGUCUUGGAUGCUGUGACCACUCUGAGAGGAGAGAUGCUCUUCUUCAAGGACAGCUUCCUCUGGCGUAGCUACCCUCAGAGCAAUACCCCUCAGCAAACUCUCAUCACAAACUUCUGGCCGAGUGCCCCAGUCAACAUCGAUGCUGCCUAUGAGAGCCGACAAUCUGACAGAAUUUUUCUCUUCAAAGGUCGUAGAGUGUGGGCCUUCAGCGGCUAUAGGGCUGUACCCGGCUAUCCUAAAAAACUGAAUGCUUUUGGUCUGCCAAAAAGCGUGAGAAACAUCGACGCUGCCCUCUACGACGUGGAAUCUGGAAAAACUCUCUUCUUUGUCGGCGACUACUACUUCAGUUAUGAUGAGGCUAGAAAGUCUAUGGACCAAGGAUUGCCCAAACGGGUGGAUCAGACCUUCACUGGCCUGACCAGCAAGGUGACGGCAGCUUUCCAGUACAGAGGUUUCAGCUACGUCUACAGCGGACCCUACAUGUUUGAGUACAACCUGAGGACCGGGAGGUUGUUCCGUGUGCUGAGGAACAGCUACUAUCUGCGCUGCACCAACUUUUAAACUGUCUGAUUUGAAUCGUGGUGGUCACUCACAUAGAGGAAGAAUGAAUGUACAACCACAGUAUUAAACUUUUUUAAUGAUUUCUGUUCUAGAAAUGAUGUUUUCUACAAUUAUUUCUAUCACAUGUAUGCAGAGCUGUAACCAAAGUAUAUAAGA